ACGAGCUGUAGAGUAGACGCUGCUUAGGAUCGGGAGAGAGUGGCUGGCUUUUGCAGCUCCGACUCCAGCUGCUCCCUCCGUGGCGGCCGCGCGCGCGUGUGUCUUUAAUUUUUCUCAGCCCCGAAGCGCGAAUGUCGCUUCUUUGUUGUUGAAGUUGCGUUCGGGUGGUGCGGAGAGCGAGCGAGCGAGUCCAAUUCAGUCGCGGCAGUCGUGUUGAUCAACCAACACGGCUCCCUUCGUCUGCAAAGUGUAUCACCAAGUGAGCCCAGCCGCAGCAGCCAGUUUGCCCGCCAACCUCAUCCAACCGCCGUUCCAGCACUUCUUCCAGCAGCAGCAACAACAACCACCGCCGGCCCCGCGCUCCAACGGCCACAGGAUGCUCGCCACCAUGUCCACCCUGAUGCUGCCGACCAUGACGGCCACCCUGACGGCGGCCAACAACGGCCCGCCGGUGGCCGUGGCCGCGCCGCCCGCACUCGCCGCCCAGCAGCCACCCAAACAGGCCCUCCAGCAGGCCGACAAACUCAUCAUGGCCGCCGUCAACCACAAUUCCUCAAUGGCCAACAAAACUGAACAUUACCACAUAUUCGUUGGAGACUUGAGUCCAGAAAUUGAAACCCAAACACUUAGAGAAGCUUUUGCACCUUUUGGAGAAAUAUCAGACUGCCGUGUAGUCAGAGAUCCUCAAACUUUAAAAUCAAAAGGAUAUGGCUUUGUUUCCUUUGUUAAAAAAGCGGAGGCCGAAAGCGCGAUCACUGCGAUGAAUGGCCAGUGGCUGGGCAGCAGAUCCAUUAGAACCAACUGGGCCACGCGCAAACCACCAGCCCCCAAGAUCGAAGGUCAGUUUGACUCAAACAGUAAACCGCUGACGUUUGACGAAGUUUACAAUCAGAGCAGUCCAACUAACUGCACCGUCUACUGCGGCGGCAUCACCAACGGCCUCAGCGAGGAGAUCAUGCAGAAGACCUUCGCCGCCUUCGGCCAGAUCCAGGAAAUUAGGGUUUUUAAGGACAAGGGAUACGCGUUCGUCAGGUUCUCGACCAAGGAAUCUGCCACUCACGCCAUCGUAGCCGUGCACAACACCGACAUUAAUGGACAGCCUGUCAAAUGCUCGUGGGGCAAGGAGUCCGGCGAUCCCAACAACACGCAAGCUGCCGGACAAGCGCAGCCUCUGACCGGCGGGGCGCAGUACCCUUACGCGUACGGCCAGCAGAUGGGCUACUGGUACCCGCAGGGCUACCCGGCGACCGCGGCGCAGAUCCAGGGCCAGUUCCUGCAGGGCAUGCAGGGCUACACGGCGUACGGCACCCAGUUUGGCUACCAGCAGGCCGCGGCAGCACAGUACAUGGGAUCUUCCCCUGCCAGGGUAGGCAUGCAACUGCCAGCAGCUACAGGGUGGCAGGGUAUGCCAGGGCAGCCCCAGAUGCCAGCAGCUGCCGCAGCCGCCCAGCAGAUGGCGGCCGCAGCCCAGGGUGCGGCGGCUAUUCAGCAGCCGACAGGCAUGAUGACUUACCCUGCCAUGCAGCAGUUCCAGCUCGCAGAAGAAGACUGGCUAGCUCCGAGUCUCCUGGUCUAAAUCCGCCGGCCGCUCUUGUGUCACUCGACUCGGCGGACAUCAGCAAAAGCGCCUAUACACAUUCUCUACUCUUCAGUUUCGGCUACCAUUGGUCUAAUCCCUGUGAAAUUCUUGUCAAUUGCAACGGUUGAAACUCACCGACUCACUCCGACGGACACGAAAAUCCUUUGAAAAAAUCCAACUCACACAUUCACUGCUCCGAUCAAUUAGAAAACCAAUCAGAAAGAAUUCAGUAGAGAGCUGCAUUUUAUCGGAAAUAAAUUAUAAAUAGAUUUAAUAUACUUACCGGAAAAAACCGACCCCCCGUAGGCUAACGUUCUAGCGAAUCCAACUGCCCACUGGCUUCCGAAAAAGCUGCAUUGCCAAAACAAAUGAAAAUCUUUCUCAUUUUCCUUUUGAAUUCCUUCGUUGUUCUUGAUUUUCGCGGAGAGUAAAACGAUGACACACACACACAACACACACUCACACACUAACUUUGAUUAUUAUCUAUUCCAUGUACAAAUAUAUAAAAAUAUGACGAUGGUUAUUGAUUAACACUUAGAUGAGGGUACAUAUUAUUAUCAAAUUAUCAAGCAAAGAUGAUGCGUAGCGUGUUAAACAGACAAACAAAAAACAUGUAUUGCCCCGGAAUGCAGUGACUUGCAACACUUUCUUGCCCCCCACUUGGUUUAUUUUGUUCUUUCCGAAAAAUAUUCGAAAAGGUGCGACCUCAUGUGAUUGCAUUGUUUGGAGGUUCAAGAUUUUCAGAUGUGCGUACGUUAAGUAUUAUACUUAUUCUUGCCUUUUUCGCUUGCAAUAGAAACAAAAAAAAAGAAAACUUCAAGAGCCGAACUCGCUGGCUCACGUUGAGAGAGACGCAGACGUUUGUGUGUAUUCAUUUGCGUCCGGUUGUUGAAACAAAAAUGACCAAACCUCAGAAAUUUAACCAAAUUGAUUUGAGCUUUGGUGAAAGUGGAUCGUAGUAGCGGCGUAUUUAGUAAAGCAUUAAAAAGAAGAAAUUUAAGCAAAAUGGCCUAUCAAACGAAAAGUACUAUAAACUAACACUAAACUGAGAAUAGCAAUAUCGCGCCCCUAGACCCCCUCGCCCCCCCCCCCCCUCGGAGAAACUAACAAACAAAGAAACAAACUUCUUAUACUGAUACACACACACAUACUCACACACACACACGACACACAUACACAUAUAUCAUUAUGGAAAUAAUAAUAAUAAAAAAAGUGAAUGCAUUAAACACACACAAAGCAUUGUUGCAAGUCGCCCCAUUUUACGGUAGCGCGGUGAGAUAGAAAUAAAAAGGGAGCCGAUUAAAAUUAGCAGUUGUUUUUAGACGAGCAGAAGUGAUCGCGUCUUUCGGAAAGAAAGAGGUAAAUUUGCGAAGAUGGCAGAAAGAAUGAGCAUGAAAAUUUACACAAACAAACAAAAUACACUCACACACAGACAUAAACAUUGGUGAUUACACUAAAAUAUUAAUUGAAAAAGGAACCAUAGCGAUUAAGGUGUAUUAUAAUUAAAAGCAAGCAACACACACACACACACCCAUGUAAAAAUAUAAGCUUAAGUAAGGAAAACUUUAGGCUAGAAUUAGAAAGUAAAGAGAUCGAGGAUGAAAAAUAUAUUCCACCAUAAGAGCUAAUAGAAAAAAAAACAAUGUUAUCAAGGAGGAGGAGGAGAAAUUCAGACGAGAGAGUUAUUGUUGUUUGGUUUUUUUACCGGUUAUGUAUUGUAAUAAUCAAUCAUAUGUAUUUACACUCACAAACACUUACACAAGACAAACAUUAGGAUGCUCAAUUGAUGAUUGUGUUAAAUAACUUUGUCUCAAGAACGGUGUUUUCCAGCACGACUUCCUUACUUUGCCUUCCUUGUUGUUGUUGAAAAAAUUUCCCCUGGAUUGCGUUCGACGAAUAUAAUAAUGAGAAGCAAAAAAAAUGAGAUUUUAACUAGCUAAGCCAGCGCCCUCUCGACUGUUCAGUCCGUCAAUGGAUGUGUCUAAAUCAAAGAACGAGCAAUUUGUUUUCCAGAGUCAAUUUGUACGGUGCGUGAAAGUGAAAACAUCCGGCGCGAAAAUGAGUAAUAAUAAUUUUUAAUCAAGAGCGAUCUUUCGUCUUCUCGAGACGGAUUUUAAACUGAUGAAAUUGCUGAACAAAAGAAGAAAAACCCAAUACCACACGCAGACACACAUACACACAAGCAUACCUAAAUUGUCAAUUGCGACAAUGUAAUAAGAAGAAAAAGAAAAAAAACGAGCAUGUAGCGUUAGUAGAAACAAACUUAGGCGGUAAGAAUAAAAAUUGAAGAGAGACGCAAAACAAAAAUAUUCAUUAAAAGUAAGGAACGUGACUAAAGAUAAGAUAUGAAUAAACAACAACUGACACACACAAAUCACACAUACACACACACAUAAAAUUCACACUGCUCUAGAGCCAAACGCAGUAAAUAAGAAGUAAAAUCUUAUUAUAUGUAAUCGUGACCACACUGACACUACUACUGGCCAAACGCGGGAAAAUAGCAUUUUAUUUUUCAAGGAAUGAAAUCCCGAUCGUUCGGAUGAAAGUGAAUGAACCUGAACGCGGCCUGUUGUUUCUGAAGAAAUAAUAAUAAUCCUCUCCUCCGCGCAAUAUAUAUUCAUUCUUGUGUUGACUAGGAGCUAUCUAGACUACCUAUGAUGGUGGAGAAACGCCAAUCAUCAUAUUUUGCACAUCGAAAAAAAAUCUAAUAAAUGCGGUGAGAGGAGGUAUGUAAAAAAUAAUUUUAUUACGAUGAUGAAACAGUGCUGUUGAAUAAUUAAACGAUUAAACUGUUAGUACGGAAAAA